AUGGACAUCAGCAAUUUUAUUAAGCGCCUGGAAUACGCCAAACAGAUAGAUGGCGCCCUAGGAUUCAAAAUUGUGCUUCAGAUAAUUUUCUUCGUUGAAGGCAAAACCUUGGUUAAAGAAGUCCAGGAAAUGGCCAAAAAGGAGAACCACGACUGGGAAAGACUGAAAGAACCGAUGGUGCUACGUUGGGGUAAGAUGAUGCCGCUCUUGAAACAUACAAGGAACAACUUGGAUCAGCUCCUUUUGACAAUGUGUGCAUCUGGCAUCAAGACUCAACAAGAGUUCCAAAAUUUCUGUAUCAAGAUAGACAACUUGGUGGCUUACUUGGUCCAAUGCCAGCACAUGGGGCGUUGA